UUCGCAUUAAUUAUAUUGUAUUCUUAUCAAAAUUCAGCCUUUUCAUUUAAGGUCCGUCCUUGUUUUCUGUAUUGUUGUGCUUUUGUGUUUGAUCACUCAGACAUUUUUUCUUACUUUUUUUCUCAAUUUCGCCAAUGUUAUUGAUACAAGGAAGCCACGAAUAAAACCCAGGUAUCAUUCAGGACCUUUCUGCAUUAAUUUAUGUGUUAUUCAAUCAGUUCAAUGGGUUAGGAAUUAUGAAUUUCAUGAAAAGUCAGCUCCUUUCUUUUGAAUUAUUGCUUUUUGAUGUAGGCACCUAUAAUUGUUCCGAUUAUUUUUUCCUGUCAAUGCUUUCUAGAGGACAUAGGUACUUGAAUGUCACAAGUACUCACAAGAGAUCAAGAGAACAUCAACAUCAUCAACAAAACAACAAAACAGCCGGAGCCGGAACCGGAAACGGAAACGGAAUUCACGGAACACGGACGGAGCACGGAGCGGCACGGAUAUACACGAGCCUCCCCGAGUUCAUCCGGAGAGCGUACGGACAUUUUAAGAUAGGAGCACCUGGGAACACUGGCAUCCAUCAGACAAUCAUGGUCAAGCAUGGUUGCCCGCUCGUCACUUAAGACUAUCAUCUCUGUUUCAAUCAUUUCAAUGGUUACAAAAUCCCCGCAUAGUAAGUUACUGUAAUAACCGAAGGGCUUAAACUUCCACUUUGAUCUCUUCACAGUAAAACCAGAAGUGAUCCAGCUGAACAGAUCUGAAAACAACCUCUCCUUGGCUCAUAGAUCCAGAUACACAGAAUUGGAAGAUUUUCAACUUCAUUUUUUUCUCUUUCAGAAGUAACUAUGCCAAGAAAAAAUGAUUCUGUCACUGAGCAAUGUCCUUCCCAGAAAAAUGUUACUUGUAGCAAAAAGCUUUCCCCGAUUAAACCAUUCUCUAAGGUAAAAACACUUAAAAAUGUCUCUAUGUUUCGCCAAAAGAAAAAGCGGCGCUCUAAAAAAAAGUGGAAUAAGCGCUCAUCCAAGAAUUUCUCAGUGCCCCAGAAAAUGGGAUUUCCUCCGGUCUCUUGUAGUAUUGGCAGUAACUCUUGGUUCUGGAGCAACUACGAAUUAGCUCAAAGGUGGCAAAGGGCUCAUAUGAUGAGUGUUGAAAAAGCUAACUUUGCAGUUAGUAUUUUUCAACAAUCUCUCACUCAACCCUUUCAGCAACCUUUUCUCAAAUCAAAUAAGCACAAAAAACAUACGAAACAUUUUUCCUCCCAAAAUACUCUCGAUUGUGGAAUGGAUAUAAAUUUUAUGAGUAGUUUAUCUAGUCUUGUAAAUAAUAGUGAUGCUAGUAUGGAAGAUGAAAUUGAAACUUGCAGAACAGAAGAUGAAUAUAGGUUCGAGUUUAAUGUAGAUGAAAAUAUGCGCACUUUCUUAGAACAAAGUAUGAGGCACAAGCAAGAAAUGCAACGACUCAAAGACGCUGAAUUGGAAGAAAGUGUCGAUGCUGAAAUGUUUAAAGCUCCUAAAGAAUCGGCAAUGGAAGAGCGCAAAAGAACUAUGAGCAUUUUGUAUGGUGAUGCUGCACCAAAAAUUUUAAGUAUGGAAAUGGCCCUUCAAAUGACAUUUGAUAGGCAUUUUGACCAAAAGCAACCUGCCUUCUGGCCAAACCUACCUCUGUUACUGUGAGUAAGUCACAUAUCUAAUGGGAUCUAAAUGUAAGAAUACACUUUCAUUUUUUAAGUUAUUCUCUUGAUCUCAUAAGCAAUUAAGAACCCAUAUACUUACACACAGUGCACCCUUAAAUUACAGUCAUUGAAUGUGAAAAAAAA